UAGGGGGCAGGUAGAGCUAUGCUGCUGUUAUCUCCCUUGGCAGUAGAUCCUUGGAGGAUCUGCCCAGCAGGAAAACGUAGACCAGCAUCUUCAAGCUGCUCGUAGGCCUUUCUGCUGGCUACUGCAAGAACUGUGAACGUCAGAGUAGUGAUCACGCUAAUUGUACAGGACCUUCUCAUCCUCUGAAAAUGUUUCCGCUGAGAAUGUGAGAGUACACAAAUGGUGCCAAGCAACCGAAUGCAUGCAGAAGUGGUCAAAACAGUGAGUAAUAGGAAGUGUCUGCAUCUCCUUACAAGAUUUUGCUUCAAGCUAAGACUGUAAAUACCAGGGCCCUGUCUGCUCUGUAUGAAUACAAAUGGCCUCAGUGGAGCCCUGCCAGUUUAUAGCAGCAGAAAAUGAAGGCCAGAGGAUCAAAGGGUCUCUUCCAUAAGAGCACGGAUUUGUUUCCAUGCCACCUUCUUCAAAAGGUUCUGAAUUAUCUGGUUUCAGCCCCAGGGUCUUGGCUAAACGUCCAGCCAGGCACUUGCAGGCGAGGCUUACACAAGCCCUUGCCUCCCUCGGCCUCGCUGGAGCGCGUUGCUGCCACCCCCAGAGACCAACCUCUGCCUCUGAGCUGACUGCACUUCACCCGCAGAAAAUAUGCUGAAAAGCCUGGAAGCGCCUCGAUGCAAUUUGGAAUGAAGACGUAAACCAUGUAUUAUUUUAACUAAUUAACUGUAGGAGGAGAAAAUCAAGUGAAACUAAGCGUUUCCGUGACAGUGAGCAAUCUGCUGAAAACAUACUACCUUGGUCAGCGUUAUUAAAAUAGAAAUUGUGAAGAAGUAGUCUAUUUUUUUCAUUUUCAUAUUGGUUCUCUGCCAAAGAAAUUCAGGAUGCAAAUCCUAGGUGUUCUUGCUAUGAGCUGGACAGCUCUAACCAUGAUUUUUCUGCCUUGUACACACAUUAUCCCAAAGCUACUUGCUGCUUGCAGCUCCUCCAAAGCAGUUUGUCACUGACAGUUACAGAAGACCAGCUUGGACAGACCACAUCCUCAUCCAAAACUGACGUGCCGUUGCCAACAAACUUUAAUUUCUCUGUCUUCUCAUCCACAGUAAUUGGAAAAAGAAUUUCUAAAGAUAAGACGUCAACUGGCAGGAGGAGAAUAAAAUGAAUGUACAAUAUUAAAUGAGACAACUGGGGGCUGGAUUUUUUCAUUUCUUUCUCUUUUGUCAGUAGAUCUUUUGUUUGCAGACCCAGACAAGGGUUAGACUAUGUCAAGCACUCGGAUAAGCAGCUGUCAAAUAUUAUCUAAGCACUACAAAAAAUACAAAUAGAUCUGCUCUGAAUACCCCUAUAUGUGGGGGAAACUAAGUUCUUUAGCCUUGAACUCUGCAGUGCAGUUUACUUCUGCUCUUUGUUUCACUAGAGAAGUAAUAGGCCCAUGUGGACAUUACAGGGCACAGUGCCUCAGAGCUGUUGUAUUUCAGCUGAGAAACACCACCACAUCCUAUAUGCAUUACAGUUAUUCAACGUCUCAGGAUGAUUUUCAAAAACAUCGAAUACCAAAAUAUGACCCAGUCAGCAGACGCAAUGUCACUGCAGAUGGUGUCAGCUGUCAGUAAUUCAUCCUUGCUUCAGCCGGGCUGUUCGCUGCUGAAUUUUGAUGGGCAUGUCUUCUUUUUUGGGCAGAAAGGAUGGCCGAAGAGAUCCUGUCCCACUGGUGUUUUCUUCCUUGAUAUAAAGCAGAAUGAGCUCAAAAUGAAACCUGUCUUCUUCUCUAAGGAUUCCUGUUACCUUCCCCCUCUCCGCUAUCCCGCAAUUUGCACAUUUAGAGGCAAUGAGUCCGAUAAGCACCAGUAUAUCAUUCAUGGUGGGAAAACACCUAACAAUGAUCUUUCUGAUAAGAUCUACAUUAUGCGUCUAUUAAGCAAAACUAGCAAGAAAACCACAUUUCAAUGUGUUGAGAAAGAUCUGGGUGGGGAUAUCCCUGAAGCUAGAUAUGGACAUACAAUUAAUGUAGUUCAUAGCCGGGGAAAAAGCAUGAGCGUUAUAUUUGGAGGUAGAUCGUAUAUUCCUCUCGCACAAAGAACCACUGAAAAAUGGAACAGCGUGGUUGACUGCUUGCCAUCUGUGUUUCUUGUUGAUUUUGAGUUUGGGUGCUGUACGUCAUACAUACUUCCAGAGCUUCAAGAUGGACUUUCUUUCCAUGUUUCAGUUGCCAGGAAUGAUACAAUCUACAUUUUGGGAGGCCAUUCACUUCAAAAUAACACCCGGUCCCCCAGCUUAUACAAGCUAAAAGUUGACCUCCCCCUAGGCAGCCCAGCUCUGACCUGCAGUGUCUUGCCAGGAGGAGUAUCUGUGUCAAGUGCUAUUGUGACUCAGACCAGUGAUAACGAAUUUGUCCUUGUCGGGGGCUACCAGUCUGACAACCAGAAACGGUUGGUCUGUAAUACCAUAGUUUUGGAAGAUAAUAAGAUAGAGAUUGUUGAAAGGGCAAGCCCGGACUGGACACCAGAUAUUAAACACUGCAGGAUGUGGUUUGGCUGUGAUAUGGGCAAAGGGUCUGUAUUGCUGGGCAUUCCAGGGGCCAACAAACAGUUAAUCUCAGAUGCAAACUACUUCUAUAUUUUGAGAUGCAAAGGAGCAGAAGAGGAUGAGGAGGAAGAACUGACAGCACAAAUUUGCAGUCAGGCAUCUACCGAAGACCAAGGAGACUCCACUCCGUUUGAAGAUUCAGAAGAGUUUUGUUUUAGUGCUGAAGCCAGUAGCUUUGAUGUUGAUGAUAUUGACACUUACAAUGAAGAUGAUGAAGAAGAUGAAUCAGAAACAGGUUACUGGAUCACCUGCUGUGCCAGCUGCAAUAUUGAUAUUAACACUUGGGUGCCUUUCUAUUCAACAGAACUCAACAAGCCUGCAAUGAUCCUGUGUUCCAAUGGUGCUGGACAUUGGGUCCAUGCACAAUGUAUGGAUCUGUCAGAGAGCAUGCUCCUACAUCUCUCAGAAGCAAAUGUCAAGUAUUUCUGCAACGAGCAUGUUGACCUUAAUAAAGGGCUACAAACUCCCAAAAAGCUGAUGCAUCUGAAAAAGCAACCCAUGAAACCACUGCGCAAAAAGAAAACCAUGAAUUUAACAACACCAGUGAAAAAGUCCUUUCUUCGAAGAUUAUUUGAAUAGAUUUACACCACUGAUUUGUAUUCAACUGGGAUCUUUUAUUUAAUUGAUUCUAAUUAUCAAUUAAUCAAUUAUCAAUGCAAUUUAAUUUCAAAGCUCAUGGAUUUAUUUUGUUUCUUAUGUAUAUUUUUGCAAUAUCUAGAUAGGAAAUUUGUCACAGAGGGCAUUGUGCAAACAUACAGCCAGAUAGUGUUAACUGUGUUCUGAAUUUUAUACUAUAAACAAAUCCUCAGUUACCCCCCUGAAUUUAGUAGAACUGCUUGUAGAAUAAGACCUUAUCCCAUGUACUCAGUAGUGUUAGCAUCUGUCCAUAAAAAAUAAAAAUAAUAAUUUAAAAAAAUUGUCCGUUUUAAUGUUUUAUCUUAGUGAGUAGUUCUAGAAAUAUUUGGCCUAAUUUAUAACUGCAUUACUCUGAUUUUAUGUUAAGGUAAUGAACUAAAGCCAAACUAAUCUGGUUUUAAACUUAAGUCCCUUGUGUCAGAAGUAAUGAAAUAUUCAAACACUGAGGGUCAGUUUUCUUCAGGGACUUCCAAAGUGAAAAGCUUACAUACCAUAGAAUCAUAAAAUCAAAGAAUCAUUAAGGUUGGAAAAGAUCUCCAACAUCAUCUGGUCCAACCACCACCCUACUACCAAUGUCAUGCAUUAAACCAUGUCCCUAAGUACAAGGUCCAACUCCUUGAACAACCCCAGGGAUGGUGACUCCACCACUUCCCUGGGCAACCCGUUCCAAUGCCUGAC